CGGAUCCUGAGAAGCAGGGCCCAUGGACACCUUCAGCACGAAGAGCCUGGCCCUGCAGGCCCAGAAGAAAGUGCUCAGCAAGAUGGCCUCUAAGGCCAUGGUGGCCGUGUUCGCGGACGACACCAGCAGCGAGAUCCUGGACCAACUGUACCAGGCCACCAAGGAGUUCACCCACAGCCGGAAGGAGGCACAGAGGGUGGUGAAGAACCUGGUGAAGGUGGCCGUGAAGCUGGCCGUGCUGCUGCGGGCUGGUCAGCUGGACGGGGACGAGCUGGCUCAGCUGCGAAGGUUCCAGGGCCGCAUGCGCAGCCUGGCCAUGACGGCCCUCAGCUUCCACCAGGUGGACUUCACCUUCGACCGGCGCGUGCUGGCCGCGGGGCUGCUGGAGUGCCGGGACCUGCUGCACCAGGCCACCGGCCCUCACCUCACCGCCAAGUCCCACGGCCGCAUCAACCACGUCUUCGGCCACUUAGCCAACGGUGACUUCCUGGCCGCGCUGUACAGCCCGGUGGAGCCGUAUCGGAGCCACCUGGGCCGCAUCUGCGAUGGCCUUGGAAGGAUGUUGGACGAGGGCGGCAUCUGACCUGGCCUGGAGACCUCUCCAGAACAUCAGUGUUCAUCCCAGCUUUGCUCCUUUCUACUUCCGAGAAGCUGUCUUGUAGUCCAGCCAGACCCCAGACUCUACUGAUGAGGCUGACCUUGAACUGAUGCUGCUCCUGCUGCCUCCUGAGUGCUGGAGUCACCGGUGUGCUCCACCAUCUCAUUGUUGGGCACUGUCAUUCUUUCAGAUAAGGUCAUGGAGACUCGGGAGUAAAAAAUUGUACUCCCCAAGCCCUGCUUCCUGCCCCCCCCCCAAAUGUUUAUUUUCGUUUCCUAACUCUCAGGGCCUCCCAAUGUGACUCACUUUAGGAAAUGGAGUUCAAGCCCUGGCACCAGUCUAGGGUUGAAGGGAUCCCAGCCUGCCAUGUGGGCUGGGGAUGAGCACA